UACAUGCCUGAUGGGAUACCUUGGAGACCUAUGUGAUCUAGAAGAUGAGUGUAUUUUCAAUAACCCAUGCCAGAAUAAUGGGACUUGUGAAUCCAAUGAUACUGGUGAUGCAGAAUGUUCUUGCUUAGAUGGGUUUAGAGGAGAGUUUUGUGAGAUAGAGCUUGGUUGUGCAAAGAUGCCAUGUUUUAACAAUGCAACAUGCAAUAAUACAGAUGAUGGUGGUGGGUUCAACUGCACAUGCAAAAAUGGAUAUUUUGGUGAAUUUUGUGAUCAAGAAAAUGCUUGCAUUUUAAAUAGCCCAUGCCUGAACAAUUCAACUUGUAAUUUGACAGACGCUGGUAAUGUGACUUGCUUAUGCUCAGAUGGGUUCACAGGUGAAUUUUGCCAAAACGUAGAUGGAUGCAGCAUAAAGCCAUGCUUACAUAAUGGAACAUGCAAUAUAACAGAUUUUGAUGGUGGAUAUAAUUGCUCAUGUUUGACUGGAUAUUCGGGUAUAAAUUGUGAAUUAUAUGAUACAUGUAUAUUAAAUACACCUUGCCUGAACAAUGGUACAUGCUUUAACUCAACUUAUGAUGGUAAUUUUACAUGUUUAUGCACUGAAUCAUUCACAGGUGAACGUUGUGAGACAAAUAUCAUGUUAGGCUGUGAUCUGACACCAUGCCUGAACAAUGCAACAUGUAUAAACACUGACAUCCUUGGGGGAUAUGAAUGUAACUGCACAGAUGGAUAUACUGAUGUGAACUGUUCAACCAAGGUUUUACCAGGAUGUGAUAGCUCACCAUGCCAAAAUAAUGGCACCUGUGAGGACAGCUCCAAUGGAGAAAUAAACUGCACAUGUGCAGAUGGAUUUUCUGGUGACUUCUGUGAGCGAAGCAUUGCUGAUCCAUGUUUGAGUGAACCAUGUCCAAACAAUGCGACUUGCACUGGGAAUUCGAACCUUGGAAAUUAUAGCUGUUUGUGUCCUGAUGAUUUCUAUGGUGAUGCUUGUGAAAUUUACUGCAGAGCAAAAGAUGACUGUACUGGGCACUACAUAUGCAAUACAACUGAUGGAUCAAAGAUAUGUAUACCUGACUAUGGUGGUGAAUUGUGUGUCCAACCCAUGGUUGAUCUGAGCACAUGCCCCCCUCCUGUUAAUGCAACUGCAAAUGAUUUCAGUGGUAUAUGGCAGGGUUCCUACCAAUGUGACAAUGGAGUAAACUUCACCUUUAAACUCACACUCUAUCAGGAUGAACUAAGUAGUUUAAAUGGAAGAAUGGAGUUCAUGUCAUCAACACAAGAAGGUUCACAUUUUGUGGAGGGAUUUGUCAGUGAAACAUCCCUGAUUGCAUCACCUGGGGAGUGGAUCAAUGAAGGCAGUAAUAAGUUUUCAAUAUCAGCGUCUUCAGAUUCUAAGUUUGCUAAUCUGACAGUCAGUGUGUAUGAUGAUGAGUGUAACCCUAAUAAUCAUGUCAAUGGGUUUGCAGAAAGACUUCAAGACCAAUGCCUUAACAAUGGUUCUUGCAUACGUGGAGAAUCUUCUGAAUAUGGAGAUUUUGAAUGUUGCUGUCCCAACAAUUUUUCUGGACGCUUCUGUGAAACUCCAUUGGGAUGCAACAGUGACCCCUGUCAAAAUGGAGGUGUGUGUCAUGAAAACAGCAAUGGGAGUCCAAAUUGUACUUGUGCUGAUAACUAUUAUGGACCACUGUGUGAUGUGUACUGUGAGGAAGAGGAUACAUGUAAUGGGCACUUCAAAUGUAAUGAAGUUGGUGCUAAAGUGUGUCUUCUUGGGUGGAGUGGAAAUAACUGUAAAGAGGCAGACCCAUCCUAUUCACACUGUCCUUCAAAUACUAAUUUUACUGAUGUAAAGGGCUCUUGGGUUGCUAAUUACAUGUGCGAUGGUAAGGAUAUGACCUUCGAACUUCAUGUUUUAAUACAAAGUGGUGAUUUCUGGACUGGUGCUGUUGAUUUAUAUGAUGCUGGUGUAUUUAUUGGAAAUCAUAGUAUUAUUCUCCUCCUAAGAGAAGAUGGAGAGAUGAGUUUGAUUAAAACAUCAUGGAUUGUUAAUCCUGGGAGCACAUACUCAGAUAUUUCAUUUUUUGGUGCAAGCAUUGAUGAGGACUUUAAGACCAUUCGGGAUGGUGAGAUGGACUGCGAUGACAGUCCAUUAACCAUAUACAGAAAAUCAGAACAGAAAUGUCAGAAUGGAGGACAAUGUGCAAGAAAUGGUACAUCAGAAUAUUGCUGUUGCCCUGAAGGUUUUGAUGGUGUUUCGUGUGAGAUUCAAAUCUCACCAUGUGAUCUUAACUCCUGUCCCAACAACGCAACAUGUAAUGCAACAUCAGCUACAACAUAUGACUGUAUUUGCCCCGAAGGAUUCACUGGCCCAACAUGCCAAACCCCCCUUCCAUGUAGUGCUACACCAUGCUUUGGAAAUGCUACCUGUUUUGAUAAUCCAGAUGGCAACUUUACAUGUGAUUGCCCUGAAUAUUUCACAGGAGUCACUUGUGACAUGGAGAUUAACCCAUGUGAAAGCUCACCUUGUCAAAACAACGGCACGUGUGAGAAUGGAUUAUUCAAUAACUAUACUUGUAAUUGUCUUUCAUCCUUUGGUGGGGACAAUUGCGAGACUGAGAAGACAAAAGGAUGCAAGCCAACUAGUUGUUUGAACAAUGGUACUUGUUAUGAAAAUGAUAAUGGCUUUGGAACAUGUAACUGUACUAGCUACUUCACAGGACAAAAAUGUGAGACACCACUCUAUUGUGCAAGUAACCCAUGUUUUAAUGAGGCAACAUGUGUAGAAGGAUCUGGCAAUUUUACAUGUGAAUGUACAAAUAUGUAUAUGGGCCCACUAUGCAAUGAAACCAUCCCUGAUAUUUGUGAUCCAAACCAAUGUUACAAUAAUGCCACCUGUAUUGACUUAACCGAUGGAAACUUUACUUGUAACUGCACUGGGAAAUUCGAAGGGAAGUUUUGCAAUGUAACUAAAAUGACCAUGUGUGAUCUUAAACCCUGUGACAACAAUGGAACUUGCAUUGAUCUGCCAGAUGGAAAUUUCACAUGUAAUUGUACUGAACAAUUUAUGGGUGUACGGUGUAAUGAAACUGUUCCCAUGCCAUGUGAUGCCAAGCCAUGCUACAACAAUGCCACAUGUGUCAACCUCCCAGAUGGAAACUAUACAUGUAAUUGUACUGAGUUUUUUAAUGGGACAUUGUGUAAUGAGUCAAUUCCAUAUGGAUGCCAGUUGCAACAAUGUGAAAACAAUGCAACCUGUGAGGAUAUUGAAAAUAGAGAUUUCUUGUGUAUAUGCCCAACUAACUUCACUGGAAGAUAUUGCGAAAAUGAAAUCCUCUUUGGAUGUGAAUCAGCCCCCUGUCUCAACAAUGGGACAUGCAAUGAGACCUCUAUUGGUGGGGAGUUUGAAUGCACCUGCAGUAACUACUUCUAUGGAAAUGUAUGUGAUGUAUAUUGUAAACCACAAGACACAUGUAGGGGUCACUACACAUGUGAUGAAAAUGGAGGUAAAGUUUGCUUGGAUGGUUGGAGAGGGGAUGAAUGUACUACAAGAGUUGAUGAUCGUGACUUUUGCCCUAAAGAAUUACCAACAGAUCUGUCUGGCACUUGGGAGGGCUCCAUGGUGUGUAAUGGAAGCAGUGUGAGCAUAUUGGUGAAUAUCAAUCGAUAUAAUCUCAUCCACAAUGGUACCAUAUCAUUCACAAUCCAUGAAGAGGAAAUAUAUACAUAUACAAAUACCUUCUCAGGAAUUUAUCAACCGGAACCUGAACGGAAAUUAUACCUAGCAUCUGGUGAUUGGGUGGGUGAUCCUCCUAGUGUGUAUUCCCCUAUUGGACUGGCAAUUUCCGAUAUUGAUUAUAAUGAUACCAUGGCAUCUCAAGCUCAGAUUGAUGUUCUGGGAGACAAUGGAUGUACUAACUUAACACUAGAAAGACAAGGUUUCUGCAAGAACAAAGGGAAAUGUCUGGUUGAUACUAUUGGAGGUGAAAAUUCUAAAUACUGUUGCUGUCUAAAAGGUUUCAAAGGUAGGAACUGUGAGAUCCGUAUCAUGCCAUGUGAUAGUUCACCAUGCUUCAACAAUGGUACAUGUGAGAAUGUGAGAUAUGAUAACUUUACAUGCACAUGUUCACCUGGAUGGGGUGGAAAACAAUGUGAUGCUGACAUACCAAAACCUUGUGAGAAUGACCCAUGCUCCAACAAUGCAACUUGUGAAAAUAUAGACGCAGUUAAUUUUAACUGCAAGUGUCUCCCAGAUACAACUGGGGAAACAUGUGAAACAGAAAUCAAACCUGGAUGUAGCUCAUCUCCAUGUGAAAAUAAUGCAACUUGUACUGACUCCAACUUUGGUCACAAUGUGACGUGUAAUUGCACUGAAUUAUACACUGGUGAAACAUGUGGAGUGAGGAUCACAAUGUGUAAUGAGUCAUCAUGUUUGAAUGGAGGAACAUGUGAGGAACAUCCAACAAUGCUAGCCUUUACAUGUAACUGCUCUACAAACUACACAGGAGACAGAUGUGAAACUGAAAUAAUUGAUUGUGAUCCAAACCCUUGUUUGAAUGGAGCUACUUGCAAUGCCACUGGAUUAGCACUUGAGUGCAUAUGUCCACCUCAAUUUGCAGGUGAGCGAUGUAAUGAAUGUAAGGCAGGUUUCACUGGUGAUCUAUGUGAUGAACCUGUUAAUGCAUGUGCCAGUUCACCAUGCAAACAUAAUGGAACAUGUGAAAAUGUUGGAAGCAGCUAUGAAUGCAACUGCACUGAUGGAUACAGUGGUCAGAACUGCCAGAUCCCACCACCAAGUGACACAAGUCUUUGCUUGACAACUCUUCUGUCACCCCUUAACUAUGAUGACAUAAAACAAUACAUAAAAAUGAAGGUCCUUCAAUCUGGCCUUUCUGAAGUGACCCAAUGCAAUUGUGAUAUAGAGAUUGAACUAGAAGAAAACAUUGAAUUCAGAAAUACGGAUGGUGACAGGCAAUGGCGACUCAAAUAUUCAAUUAUUGGAAUUGAUUCUCUCGGAGAUGCUUCAGUUAUUGAACUUGAGGAAAAGUUUAAAGUUGGUGAAAUCAAUGUGCAAAAUCCCAAAGGUGAUAAUUACACACUUUGUGAGAAAGAUCCAGCAUACAAACCAAUAGAUGAAUUAUACACAGUGUAUCUAAAUAGGAUACCAUCAUUGUUACCAAUUGCCAAUUUAACUGAAGCCAUCAAGACAUGCUGGGAGAAUAAGGGAUCUGUUACAAACUGCACCAGGGCAAGAGCUGAUUUAGCAAUACUCAUUGAUUCAUCUUCAAGUGUCAUUGAUUCUGACUUUGAAAAAGUAAAACUAUUUGCCAAAAAUGUAAUUCGCGACUUAAGUGGGGACUUCUCAAUUGCUGUUGUAACAUUCAGUGAUGAUGUCACUAUACAUUUCAAACUGGGUGAAUACCCAGAAAAGGUUGAUAUGUACACUCAAAUAGAUUUAAUACCUAGAAAAUCUGGAUCUACAAAUACAAAGGAUCUUUUUGAGAGGUUACCAUCUGAAAUAAUGGGACCAAACAACAGAAAUGAUGCCAUUGAUAUUGCACUACUUAUCACGGAUGGAGCAUCUAAAGAUGGACCUAUUGAUUCAGCUGUAGCAACAGCUAAAGCUGCUAAUAUUGAGGUAUUUGUGGUUGGUGUUGAGACAGCUGAAUUGUCAGAGAGAGAGUUAGAACUGAUUGCAAGUGAUCCUAUUGGAGAGCAUUUGUUUAUGGCAGCUAACUUCAGCACACUUCCUAAGGUUACCUAUGCAAUAGAGGAAACCAGUUGUGUUGAAAAUCGCACUGUUACACCAAACAUCACCAUAACACAAUAUGGAUUUGUCAAGGAAUAUACGCAAGACAGAAGUGGUGUUUGGAAAGUUUUCUAUGGAGUAGUCCGAAAUGACAAAAUCAUGGACCCUAAUACUCAAAGCCAGCCUGACCUCAGACCUUGUAUAAACCUCCUCAGUCCAGGUGGUCAACAGUUUGAGGUGAUAGAAGAAAAAGCAAAACCAUGUGAUGAUGAGUUUAGUUUCUACAUAGAUUUGGAACAGAUAUUUGUAGAAGAAGACAUUGAUUCAUUUGAAUCAAAGGCGGUCAAUGCCUGGAGCAUGACAAUUUCUCCUUCAGCAUGUAGCUGGGAAGAUCCUGCCCCUGCAUUUAUUGUGAUGAAGGAAAGUUAUGUGAUAUGGAAAUACGACAAAGAUCAAGCUAAAUGUCAAGCUUUGUGCCAGGUUGAAUCAGCAUGUAAAGCAAUUCAGUGGAAUGAAGGCGAAUGUAAACUCUUAAAUACUGCUUUAGAGGAUAUUCCAAAAGAUGAUCUAAGUUUUAAUUCUGAUGAUGAUGUCUUUAUACAGGAUUGUACUCGGUCAGCUCAACUAAUGGGCUAUACAAUGGACGUCCAGUAUCACAGCACAGAGCUGUACAUUGACUUGGAUACAAAAACAAAGCUAUACAGGAUAUUCUAUUUCCUCCUUGUAAACAACACAUGUACCCAGCCUGAGAUUUGGCCCACGAUGAACACCACAUACCUGACUCCCCUGCCAAGUUUCACCAAUGGACAAUAUACUAUCAUACCUCCGAAUCAAAACCUGGUUGUAUCAUAUGAUAAACAUUUUGAGUCACCACUUCAUAGGAAAGCUAGGGAAACUGACUUCCCAAGAUAUGAAGAGGUCCUCACAGAAUUCCUUAAGGCAAAGAAUCAGAAUGACUCAAGAUAUGAUACGCUGAGAGUAUAUGUGUACAAUCAAAUCAGAACAAUUGAUGAAGAUGGGAAUGAUGGAUGGGCCCUUAUAUACUUUGUCCGAAUCAAUCCAUUUUUGUCACCUGAUGAAAUUCCUGAGCUUCCUGAUCUUGGUGAUAUAACAAACAUCACAUCUCUUAAUCGUGAUGAGACUGUGUCUCUUGAAGAUGCUCACUCAAUUUACCUUCCACAUUGGCUAUCUAGGCUGGACUUUGGCAAAAUCAACAUGGCCAUUGAAACUACCAUCAGAGAAUCUAAUAACAAGUAUGAAAAUACCACUGAAUAUAAGACCCGUGUUGACCCUGCUAUACGAGAUGAAUAUGUGACAGCAGAUGGAGACCUCCAAACAAGGUACUACUUUUUCUUCAUUGAGAACAACAACACAAAGAAGCUUGGAGAAAUUCGACCAAUAAACUUAACCAAUUUGAACAGCAAGUUGAACUUCAAUUCUCCCCGUGAAUAUCAAUACAGAGCAGUUAAUGGGGAAGGACUUGAAGAUUAUGGCAUGCAUCACAGUCUGAUUCUAUCCCGCCCAAUUCUCACAAAAGACCUUGAUGCUAUUGGUACAAAACUGAGGGAAGUAUGGGUGAAUAAAGCAGGAGGAUCAUUUAAUGUGACAGGAUUGAACGUGAUCAGACAAGAUGAAGCUUUGAACUUUGUAAACAAAUCAGAUGCUACCUACUGGGAGCUAGCAUACUUUGUGGAGGAGAAUGGAAAAUUGCUCAGCCCUGAGAUUGACUCAGCAAACAAGAACGCAGUCAAAUUAAAACUCAAUGAAUACACAGCAUCUGGUGUAAAAUAUGGAGAUGCACUACUGUCAACUCUUGAUGUGAAUAUAAAUGAGCCUAAUGUUUAUGAAACUAAGGAAAAGCUUUUCAAGAUAAUCGUGUCUCCAGUUGUAUCUGAAAGUGACUACCCUGAGUUUGAGACCCAGUUGUCAGAUAUUUGGACAAACCAAUAUAAAGAAGACUUUCAUCAACCACUAAAUGUUAGCAUUUGUGGCUCACAAACACGCAUGGACAAACAAGGAAACAUAAUGUCAGAGUUACUCUAUCGAGUUAACAAGCUUGAGAAGCCAAAGUUUACCUUGUACCCCAUGGAUGUAAGCGACCCGCCAUUAAACUCAACAACACUGAAAGAAAACCUACAUGUGAAUGCCACUAAUGGUGAAGCUUAUGUGAUAACAACUAAUAUUCAAACAAGAAGACCUGAAAAGGGUUACACAGUACUGUUAGACAAAUGGGUACAAGACUCUGAUAAGGAUAAACUAAAGAAAGCAAUUGUUGACACCUGGGUUCAGGAAAAGAAUAUGACUGCAGAAGCAGUUUCUGUGGAAAUUUGGAAUCAAUACAAAGUUGUGGAUCCAACAUGCAAUGACUAUGUAAAGCUGUUAUACUUUGUGAGUGUCAAUGAUGUCUUGGUUGAUGCGAUGCUUGUUCAAUGGACCAAUGAAAAUAUGGUGGCCCUGAAGACUAAAAUAUCAGAAGAGUUUGGUGAUAAGUAUAUGGCUGUUCAGGACAGGUACACAUGGAACAUAUUGAGUGCAUUCACAGUAUAUGUCAAGGGAAGGAUUUCUGAUUCCCAACUUCCUAAAUUUGAAGAAGCAGUUAAGAGUACAUUUCAAGAGAAUGUCACAGUGAAAGUGUGUGGUGCAGAAUUAUACAUAGGUGAUAGAUGGGAACUCAUCACUGGAAUUAAGGCAUUUGUUACAAUGGAGAGUGAAUUGUUACACUCUGUACUGUAUCCUCCACUUGAUUUGGAUGAACUGGAAACAUCAUUAAACAAAAAUAGAAAGAAGAGGGACACAGCUAGUGGCACUAUAUCUCUAUACAGUGGAUUAAGAAAAGACCCAUAUGAUGACUUCUUCAAUCUGCCUAUUGCAACAUCAAUUAUAUUGACAAAGGGAGAUGCAGAUAAACUCUUUGAUGGAAUAAAAGCAGCAUGGACAACCAAAUAUCCAGAACUGGACGAUGUAACCAUAAGCUUGGGAAAAGUAGAAGAUGCAGUUGGAAAAUUGGGAGUGAUGGUUUACAAUGUUCUGUAUGGACUUUACAAUGAUGGGGAAAAGAUAACACCGAAAGAUGCCUCUGCACCCACUUACACAGACCUAGUGAAUGUUUCCACUACUCCACAGUUCAUGGCAUAUUCUGAAACUAUCACAAUUACAAGCACUGUGUAUUCACCAUAUGUAGGUGGCAACCUAAUUGCUGCAAACAGAGAAUAUUUAGAAACUGGGCUAAACAGUACAUGGGAAGAUUCCUCUAUUAAGAUAUUGGGUGCGAUCCAUCAUGCCAAUCCAACUGACAGUUUUGAUAGGGUAUCUCAAGUGUUAUACUCUGCCCAUAAAGACAAUGUCAUGCUAAAACCUUGGGUGAAUGCUGGACCUUCUAUUAACGAACUGAAUAAUUGGCUUUCUGAGAGAAAUAUUGAUGGACUAAAUAGCUAUGGGGGUGCAAGGCCCAAGAGGGUAUGGUCAGUUAUGGUGAAUGAACCAAACACAAAAUCUGAUGAGGAUAUUAAACAAGCCAUUCAGGAAGCUUGGAAUUCAAACAUAGAAGCUGGUGAGCCAACCAUUGAGAUCAUAGGUGAGGAACGCUACACGUCUCAGUCAGGAUCCUGGAACACAUUGAAGAAGGUUACUUAUAUAGCCUCACUGGAAGAUGCCACAUACACAGAGCUAUAUGAUGUACCAUCGGCUGGGGACAUACAGUGUGACUGUAUGGCAAAACAGGCAUACAGGCUAUUCCUGAAGAAAAGUGAUAGUGAAGUAGAUGUUCAGAGUAUGAAAGAUGCACUUCAGAAGGCAUGGAAGACUGCAAACUCUGGUGUGGAUGACAUCACAAUCAAUGUUCACCAAGAUGUUCUUGAUGAUGACACUUCUUAUAUCAAUGAUGACCAUGAAUCAGUUACUGGUUUCACUUAUACAGUGACAGUAGAAGGUGCAGACCCAAGCCCCGUCUUUAUCCGUCCUCCCACAAAUGACCAGAUCAAAUCAGCUUUGACGGAGAGUGAUUUCACACCAUGUGACUGCAACCCCAAGAGGAAGGGUUCAAUCAUGGUCACACCGAACGUGCUUCCCUCAGAAGUAGAUAGCUUAGAAGAUGAUAUGAAAAAAGCUAUAUUGGAUGCCAAUCCAGGGUUCACAGAAGAUGAUUUAGAAGUAGAAAUAACAGAUUUCAAAAAUGAUAAACAGACAUCGAGUGGUGAUCUCAUUGGAACAAUAGAAUACACCAUACAAAGCAAACUUGGGAAUGAUGUAUCUGACAUUGUUCUACCAACAAUUGACCAAUGGGAUGCUAAGAUUAGUUCUACUAAUAAAGCAAUAUAUACAGGUCAAAUGAUGGACAGAGUUAUAAAUAAUGCCCUGCAGAAUAACUGGGUGAUAAUAGUUAUUGUAUGCAGCGUAGUGGUAGGUGUGAUCCUGCUCAUUUUAGUUCUAGUGAAGUUCCUGAGUCUCCGAAAACAAGAAAAAUUAGAAGAGAAAGACCUUGAAAAACGUACUAAAGAAAUCCAAGAGUCAAAUUACCAUGACAACGAACAAUUUAGUGAGACACCCAAGGUGCAACAAUACCAGACAAGAGAUGAUGAGUCAUGGAAUAAAGUGUUGCGUUAUGAAGCAAGGAUUGUUUAAGUGGUUGCAGUAAAUGUAUGCAUUCAACUUUGAAAUAUAUUGUCUCAUUUAAAAUGACAGCUCAAGGAAAUAUUUUGGACCAUACAGUGAUAUACUUGUACAAUAUUAAUAUUGUUUAUUUGCUAAGAUAUAUUGCAGGUAAUAUAUUGUGUAUAAUACAAAAUGAGAAUAGUGUAAAUAUGCUUAACCACCCUAGACUAAAAUCUACAAUUUUCAAAUCAUUUAAUGGGCCAAAUUUUGAUGUAGAGCAUGGAUGGAUAAUUAGAAAAUUGUAGAUUUUGGCAUGCUGUUAGAGGGUACACAUUGAUAGUGUAGAAGAGUGAUUUUCAUUAUUUAUCUUAGCUUUGUAUUUUCAUUGUAUAAAUUAAAAAGGUAUAAAACUAUUCAUUAAAGAUAAUGGGCAAUUACUAUAUGAUUUGUAUGAUUUGGUAGUGAGUCUUUCAUGACACCCACAUGCCAUAAUUCUAGAUACGGCCUACCUCAUCUUUCUGCAUAUUUAUGUAUAUUAUAUUCUUGCUAAUGCACCAACACAUGGCCAAGAUUUAUCUGUGUCAUUCAUUUUUAUUCUUCAAGAGCAUUGGUUCUUGCAUGACUGAAACACAUUGUACAUGUAGUUUAUUAGUCAUAGAAAUAUCUAUCUGCACAAUAUCAUCAUUGUCAUUUCAUAUUACUUUGGGAGAAACAUUGUAAAAGGCCAGAUCCAAAAAUUGACAUGAGGCAAAAAUGAUUUUAAAAAUCCAAAUUGUUUCAGGACAUCUUUUUAAUAUCUAGGCUUAUUCUCUGUAAUAGGGAAUAAGGAUGUAAAUAAGUGUAAAAUGCUUGUAUAUAGACACUGUAUAUUAUGUACAGAGGCAUGGUAUUCACAAAGUUUUAUCUAUAUCAGAACAUUCCAAAAAGUUGGUUUUCGUCUAAUUUGUAUCUAGAAAAGCAGUACUCUGUACAUGUAUAUGGUAAAUUGGACCUUGGUUAAAUUGCAAGAUUUCUCAGAGAAUGGCAAACAAUUCAAUUCACUGAUUUUUGUUUCUUAAUGUUUUUGUUACUGAUUUAAGGGGCUACAAGCUGCAAUUGUCAUUCAUCAUGUAAUCACCAUGUAAUUUAUAUUCCCUUCUGAUACUGACCAGACAUGCCAGAGAGUAGAAGUUCCAAAAAGCAUUAAAUACUUCAUUUCUAAAUAUACAGUUUUUCCAAGAUUCGACACGAAUGUUUAUAUCCUCUGAGUCUAUUGAAUGUGCAAGUUACAUAUCAUUAUUUUAAGGUACUUAGAGUUAUUUAGGAUGACACUUACAACUAUCAGCCCUUAAAACUGAUUAAAAGAAUCUACAUCAUUUGGAUUUUGGCAAGAGGUAAAACAAACAUCUACUUCUACUUGCCUUGGACUACUUCUAAUUAGAAAAUACAAGUUCUGGAAUUCACAAUUGUGCAUAAUAUGGGUACAAAUACAUUUUUAAAACCCAGUGCUAAAAUGAAGUAAGAUAAUCAAUAUUCCACA